AUGCUACUAGAAUUAGCAACUUCUUUCGCUCAUCAAUUAGCUUCUAAAGGCUAUGAAAUCUUUGAGAGCAAUGGUCGAAGAAUCCCUAUAAGUGAUGAUGAUUUGAGAAACCGAUAUCAAAUUGACGAAAUCUGUCGCCCAUUUUUACUGAGCAAUGAAGACUUGAAGGAAGUCAUGACAAAACUUGAAAUAGCUAUUGAAGAAGGCUUAAAAGUCAAAACCGCUCCACAGGCGGCUGUAAAAAUGCUACCCUCAUUUGUUCGGUCUGUGCCGAAUGGUACCGAAAUUGGAAAAUUUUUGGCAUUAGAUCUUGGUGGAACGAACUUUCGUGUCCUACUGAUUGAAUUACAUAAACGUGAGGCUAAAAUGACUGGAAAAAUUUUCCCCAUUCCAGAGCAUAUUAUGCGUGGAAGUGGCGAAGUGCUUUUUGAUCAUAUCGCAGAAUGUAUGGCACGUUUCAUCAGAGGAAGUGAAAUCGAGCAUGCUGAUAGGCUUCCGCUCGGUUUCACGUUUUCUUUCCCUUGCAGACAAGAAGGUUUAACAUGUGCAAAACUAAUUAAAUGGACUAAAGGUUUCAGCGCAAGUGGCGUUGAAGAUAAAGAUGUUGUAUCACUUUUACGUGAAGCCUGUCAACGUCGAAAGGAUAUUAACAUUGAUGUUGUAGCCGUUCUUAACGAUACAGUUGGCACCUUAAUGGCAUGUGCAUUUAAGGAGAAUACUUGUCAGAUUGGUGUAAUCGUUGGAACAGGUACAAAUGCGUGCUACAUGGAGAAAAUUAAAAGAUGUGAAAAAUUGAAGCAUAUGAAACUUGAAGAAGAUGGAAUGCCUGAUGAGAUGAUUUUUAAUACCGAAUGGGGAGCUUUUGGAGACGAUGGAAGUUUGGAAUUCGUACGAACUUGUUUUGAUCGAGAAGUGGACGCGAACACAAUCAAUGCUGGCAAACAAUUAUUCGAGAAAAUGAUCUCGGGAAUGUAUUUGGGUGAAAUCGUACGUGUCAUUCUAGCUCAUCUUGCACGUGAAAAUCUCAUUUUCGGCGGUGAUUACAGAGCUAUAUCAAAUCCACAUUCUUUUCCUACCAAAUAUAUUUCCGAAAUCGAAAGAGAGAUUCUGGAGGAUGAUAGUCGAUGUUUCUCAAAAACAAUGCAAAUUUUAGAAGAAAUUGGAGUGGAACAGGUAUCUGUUGUAGACUGUAUCAAUACCGCAUAUGUUUGCUCCCUUGUUAGCACACGAUCAGCGUAUUUAUGCGCUGCUGGCAUAGCAACUUUACUAUAUCGACUACAGAAACCUUUCGUUACUGUAGGCGUUGAUGGAUCUGUCUAUCGUUUCCAUCCAACUUUUCCACGAUUGCUCGAUGAGAAAAUAGAGCAAUUAGUUGAUGAUAAGUAUAAGUAUCAGCUGAUGUUGUCAGAGGACGGAAGUGGCCGAGGAGCAGCGUUAGUCGCAGCAGUUGCGUCACGAGUCAAAAAUGAAUGUUUUUGCGCUGGCUGA